AUGUGCAUCACACCAUCCCCAUCCCUGCUUCCCCGUGUCCCUUUCCCUACUUCCCCGUGUCCCCUUCCCUACUUCCCCAUGUCCCCUUCCCUGCUUCCCCGUGUCCCCUUCCCUACUUCCCCAUGUCCCCUUCCCUGCUUCCCCAUGUCCCUUUCCCUGCUCAUCGCGCGGCCCUUUCCCUGCUUCCCCAUGUCCCCUUCCCUGCUUCCCCCCAUCCCCUUCCCUGCUUCUCCAUGUCCCUUUCCUUGCUUCCACGUGUCCCCUUCCCUGCUUCCCCCCACCCUUUACAUGCUUCCCCCCAUCACCUUCCCUGCUUCCCCAUGUCCCAUUCCCUGCUUCCGCAUGUCCCCGUCCCUGCUUCCCCCCACGCCCUCCCCUGCUUCCCCAUGUCCCUUUCCCUGCUUCCCCCCAUCCCCUUCCCAGCUUCCCCGUGUCCCCUUCCCUGCUUCCCCAUGUCCCUUUCCCUACUUCCCCAUGUCCCCUUCCCUGCUUCCCCCCAUCCCCUUCCCUUCUUCCCCCCAUCCCCUUCCCUGCUUCUCCAUGUCCCCUUCCCUGCUUCCCAGUGUCCCUUUCCCUGCUUCCCUUCAUCCCCGCAUCCCUUUACAUGCUUCCCCCCAUCCUCUUCCCUUCUUCCCCCCAUCCCCUUCCCUGCUUCCCCAUGUCCCUUUCCUUGCUUCCCCAUGUCCCUUUCCUUGCUUCCCCAUGUCCCUUUCCUUGCUUCCCCGUGUCCCUUUCCCUGCUUCCCCCCAUCCCCUUCCCUGCUUCCCCCCAUCCCUUUACAUGCUUCCCCAUGUCCCUUUCCCUGCUUCCCCAUGUCCCCUUCCCUACUUCCGCAUGUCCCCGUCCCUGCUCCCCCCCACGCCCUCCCCUGGUUCCCCAUGUCCCUUUCCCAGCUUCCCCCCAUCCCCUUCCCUGCUUCCCCACGUCCCUUUCCUUGCUUCCCCAUGUCCCUUUCCUUGCUUCCCCAUGUCCCUUUCCAUGCUGCCUUUGUAG